AUGUCUUUCCUCUCAGUUUUCCCGAGAAAAUGGGCGGGGAAAUACGGGACAGCCAUUCACGCCGCACUAUCGUUAAUCGUCUUCUUCUGCUUCGACCUCGUGGACGCAAUUCUCUGCGUGGUUUACGAGUUCCUCGACGAGAUUUUGGAGGGAAAAUCCCGCGGCUGUUACUGCACGGCGGCGUCUCCUCAUAACGCCGGUGAAAAUGAGUUGUCGGAGACUCUGUUCCGGAGGAAAAACAUUUUCCGGGAAAUGGGUUUUCUGGGAUUCGCGAGAAAAUUCAAGCUUUCCCCGAAAACGAGAAAAUGUACGAUUCAUGAGUCUGUGAAUAGAUGGUCAGAUUGUGGAUGCCAAUCAUGCAAUUCAUGGACGAAGAACGAACAUGAGAAUCUUCACGUCGUUGUCAAAGAUUCAACUUCCCCAGAGGACUCUGUUCAGGAACCGUCGGAGAAUGUAAUAUUCAUACACGGUUUCAUGGGUUCAUCAUAUUUCUGGACAGAAACUGUGUUCGAGCACAUUAAGAAGGAUAGGCUCUUCGCGGUCGAUCUUUUGGGAUUCGGGGAGAGUCCUAAGCCAAGAGACAAUCUCUAUACGUUGAGAGACCACGUAGAGGCGAUCGAGAGAUCUGUCAUUAAACCGUAUCAAUUAGACUCAUUUCAUGUGGUUGCACAUUCGAUGGGUUGCUUCAUUGCUCUUGCUUUGGCGGCAAAACACUCCAACGUUGUCAAAUCUGUCACUCUCGUUGCACCGCCUUAUUAUCCUUCAUCGGUUGAAGAAGGUUCGGUCUUGACACGAAUCGCUAGAAAGCGGCUGUGGCCGCCGCUAGCGUUUGGAACAGCGGUGAUGUCAUGGUAUGAACAUAUCGGUCGAUGCGUUUGUUUCAUAAUCUGCAAGCAUCACAAGAUAUGGGAGUGGCUAGUAAAGCUGUGUACCGGUAAAAGGGAGAUUCCAUGGAAGAUCAAGGACAUAACAAGACACACACACCACUCGGCUUGGCAUAGUAUGCACAAUGUGAUAUGCGGUGGCUCCAAAUUCGCUGAUGAACAUCUCGAAACGCUGAUAAAUCAUGGCGUUAAGAUUCACUUGAUGCAAGGAAGUAAGGACAAAAUCGUUCCUUUACAUUGCUCCGAGGAUAUGAAGAGGAAUUUUCCGAUGGUAGAAGUUGAUAUUGUCAAUGGCACUGAUCAUGAGAGUAUUAUAAGCGGAAGAAGACAAGAGUUUGCUAAACAAGUGGAGAGUAUUUGGUACUCAUGUAAAACAGAUCCCAUCCCUUGGUUUGAAUGGCGGAGAUUACAAGGGAAAGAGACUCUUCGAAAGCAAAGCACUGAUUUUGCAACAAUCCCCAAACUUUCUCCUUCCAUCAUGGACACCGAGUUUCUCCGAACCCUAGAUCGUCAGAUUCUCUUGGCUGUCUUCGUAGCUUUCGUCGCCGCCGGUGCUGGUGCUGCUUUUUAUCUCUCAUCCUCCAAAAAACGCAAAGGGUGUUUGGAUCCAGAGAAUUUCAAGGAGUUUAAGCUUGUUAAGAAGCAACAGCUUAGUCACAAUGUGGCCAAAUUCAUUUUCGAGCUCCCAUCUUCCACCUCUGUGUUGGGUCUUCCCAUUGGACAACACAUCAGCUGCAGGGGAAAGGAUGCUCAAGGAGAGGAUGUUAUUAAGCCAUACACUCCGACGACUUUAGAUUCAGACGUUGGACGUUUCGAGCUUGUCAUUAAGAUGUAUCCGCAAGGAAGGAUGUCUCAUCAUUUCAGGGAGAUGCGUGUUGGAGACCAUCUUGCUGUAAAAGGACCAAAGGGAAGGUUCAAGUAUCAGCCAGGUCAGGUUAGGGCAUAUGGAAUGCUUGCUGGAGGCUCAGGCAUCACUCCAAUGUUCCAAGUUGCAAGAGCUAUUCUAGAAAACCCAACAGACAAGACAAAGGUGCACCUCAUUUACGCUAAUGUCACACACGACGACAUUCUCUUAAGGGAAGAAUUGGAGGGCCUUACUGCUAAUUAUCCAGAUCAAUUCAAAAUCUACUAUGUGUUGAACCAGCCUCCGGAAAUAUGGGAUGGUGGUGUUGGAUUUGUAACCAAGGAGAUGAUUCAGGCUCAUUGCCCUGCACCAGCAUCUGAUAUUCAGGUCUUGAGAUGUGGACCACCGCCGAUGAACAAGGCCAUGGCUGCAAACCUUGAAGCUCUGGGUUACUCUCCAGAGAUGCAGUUCCAGUUCUGA